AUGAAGUUCUUAUCAACCACCGCUGCCUGUCUGGCUCUCCUCUCCCCUCUCCCCGCUUCAGCUCGAGCUGUCUCCUCUUUCUUCAACGCCCAGUCACCUAUCCAGAUCCUGGGAGACCCUGUGCCAGGGGACAACCCCUUGGAAUACUGUGCGGAUCCUUCUCCAAACACUCUGGAGAUCAAGUCGGUCGACCUGUCGCCCAACCCCCCUGCACCUGGGCAGACCCUUACUAUCAAAGCCAGCGGUAACUUGAAGGAAAGAGUUGAGCCUGGGGCGAGAGUUCUUGUUGAGGUCAAAUAUGGCUUGAUCACUCUCAUCAACCAGAGCAUCGACCUCUGUGAACAGCUCGGGAAUGUAGACCUCGAGUGUCCAUUGGAGAAGGGCGAAAUGACUUUGACGAAGCAGGUCGACUUGCCCAAGGCGAUUCCUCCGGGAACCUACAACGUCCACGCCGAUGUUGUCAGCAAGGAAUCAAAGCGCAUUACCUGCCUUGAUGCCCACAACAUUCAGUUUAAGAUCGGACAGUAA